AUGUCGUCUCUCAAAGUCCUCAUCUCGGGCGCGGGCAUCGGCGGACAAGCCCUGGCGUUCUGGCUGGCGAAACUCGGCCAUGAUGUGACCAUCGUCGAGCGAUCUACUAGUCUUCGCAUUCAGGGUCAGCAAAUCGACCUUCGCGGCCAGGGCAUCGAAGUGGUCCGCCGUAUGGGCUUGGAGCAAUCCAUACGAGCCAGGGUGGUCAACGAGGCCGGCCUCACAUUUGUCAACCUUAAAGGCAAGCCGCGGGCUACCUUCGAGGCAAACAAGACCGGCGUCGGCAAGCAGGCGUUUACGUCCGAGUUCGAGAUUAUGCGUGGCGACCUGGUCCGAAUUCUCUUCGAAAAAGCCGAAGAUCUUGGGGUCAAGUAUGUCUUUGGCGCUUCCAUCGAGUCAUUUGAACAGGACCCAGACUCGGUCACAGCGCAUCUGUCCAACGGCACUACAGCCACAUAUGAUCUUCUCGUUGGAGCGGAUGGACAAGGAUCCAGAACCAGGCAACUCAUGCUUGGCCCUGGAGCCAAGGACCCAUUCUAUCAGCUUGGCUUGCACAUGGCAUUCUACACCAUCCCGAAGUGGAAGACGGAUACCAACUACGCUACUGUCUGUGUUUCCACCAGGAAGCGAGUUAUGAUGAUAAGAAACGACAACCCAGACACGACGCAAGCCUACCUUAGCAUCAGUCCAACUGACGACAAAACCGAGAAGCUACUUGUAGACACUGAAACAAGCCGCGACGUCAAACGGCAGAAGCAGGUGUGGUCGGAGCUUUUUAGAGACGCCGGAUGGCAGGCAGAUCGCUUCGUCGACGCUUUGCAAGAAGCCGGCGUAUCUGAUGAUUUCUAUUCCGUGAAUAUCGGGCAGAUUCGAAUGAACAAGUACUACAAGAACCGCGUGGUGCUCAUCGGCGAUGCGGGGUACGCACCAAGCGUUUUGACCGGCAGCGGAACAACCUGUGCAUUCAUCGGAGCCUACGUUCUGGCAGGAGAGAUCUCGGAGCACUGCUCUUCGUCUUCUGGUAGAGUGUCUGAUGGGGUGCCAGCCGCCCUUGAAUCAUAUGACCAAAAAGUCUUGAGCUUGAUGAACACGGUUCAGGAUAUCGGGAUCAAGCCGUCUUGGAUCUUUCCUAACUCACGAUGGGCAGUUUCUAUCUUCAAUAGUAUGCUGUGGUUGAUGACGACGUUGAAGAUUGACAAGAUCUUUGAGAGGUUUCAGUCGGAUGAUGUUGCGGAAUGGAAGCUUCCACAAUAUUCUGGCCUUCCUUACGAGGACACUGAACAAACCAAGAAGGGAGGCAACUGA